UAUCAAAGCAAUUCGGAAAUACUCGACGUGAUAUUUCUGCUCGGUCAUACUUCCCGAGACAACGUGUGGUUAGAAGUGAAACUGAUCGCGAGCAGAGACUGCUCGAUCGCCGAAAUCCGCCGAGAAUUUCGUGCGCGGGGCGUUCCGCGUACGCGUUUACGUCACUGAACGCUCCCACUCGUCGGCUCGUCGCGCAUGCACGAGAAAUCAAGCUAUUCGGGAACCUCGCCGAACGUCGCCGCAACAUAUAAACAAAGACCACUGGAACUGACGAUCUCCUCCGAUCUCUGUCGAAUGUCUGAGGUUAAGGCGCGAAAGCGCGCGCGAAACGUUCACCGUGCCAUUGCGCGUCCGCGCUUGCUAGGUUAACGUGAGCCCAGCGUGGUUCACGAAGAAAGAGGGAAAACGGGACCGGCUCUCUUUGCAUCCUGUAGAUAUGAAUUACGUGCUGCGACGACUGCACCAGAAUGAUAGCUCACCUAUCGGCCUCAACAAGUGCGCACAAUCUUAUACCUGUGGUCGGGCCAAAGACAAUGAUAUUAUAUGCCUUAGUCCAGUUGUAUCUCGUCACCAUUGUAUUUUUUAUCGAGAAAAUGAAAAUUUAUACGUUACAGACUUACGGAGUUCGAAUGGUAUCUUCGUAAACGGCGACCAACAACAGACUUCUCAGACGAUCAAAUUAUAUGAGAAUGAUAUCAUUGGAAUAGGUUGCCCAACUAAUGAUGAUCCAAAUAGUAAUGUGUAUAUUUAUAAAGUUUGCAUUGAGUUACUCGACCAUGAUGAAGAGAAAGAAAGACUUAGUACUACCUCAUCAAAGGCAGUUGUAAAUAAUACAUUGCAAGAGAGCGUAUCUCCUGUAUCUUCUACAGAUCAUGAUUUCAGGAAAAGAUGCGUAUCUAAGUUAAAUUGUGACUGUCCAAAUAAAAAAGUAAAACUUACGUGUCAUAACAAACAUGAUUCUACUGUUAAUUCUUCAAAAGGGAUCAAUUCUAAUUUAUCUCGUGAUAAUCAGAAACCACAUUGUAGUAACUAUACCAAUAAUUUAGUAAACAAUGAAUUUGAUAAUAUGAAUACAAGUUCAGACGACGAUAUUGAAAUAAUUCAUGCAUCACUAGCACACGAAAUAAAGCAAAAGGAGCACACUAAGAAUCAUAAUCUUCAAUCUGUAAAGUCUUCAGAUGGCAAUAAUAAAUUAUAUAUUAAUGAAAGAAUGGGUGUUUCUGGUAGUGAUAAGAGUGAUAACUAUGUUAAUAAUAAAAUCAUUAAAAAAACAUCGCAUAGCACUGACAAACAAGAUAAAACAUUAUACCACAGAAAAUCUAAUUGUGACAACAAUAUUGAUGAUAAUAGAGUCACAGGUGAAAAUCAUAUAAGAAAAACAUCGAAGAGCACUGAUAAACAAAAUGAUGUGUUAUACCACACAAAAAAAUCUCAAUGUGCACAUACAGAUGACCAAAUUGUUGAAGAUUUAAAUGAAUUGCAAACAGACGACGAAGAAGCACAAAUGAUAAAUGUUGAGCGCAAUACCCACGAUAAAUCACCGAUUAAAUUAAAGAAAGUAAAACAUGAGCAGAAAACACGAUUCUCUCUUAUCGAUGUUGUUGAUCUGAGUGACGACGAAGAAGGGGUGUUUCCAUACUCCCAGUUAUUCGAUAUCAAAUAUGAAGAUACAGAGAAUACAGAGAAUAGAAUGGAAAUUAAGCAGGAAUGUACUGAUGACAAUCAUCUAAAUACUGAAAAAAUUGGCUUUUUAAAUAUGGACGACGAGAUCAUUAUUUUAACAGACAGUGAAGAUGAAGAUAAUCCAUGGUUGGAGCGAUUAUCCAGAAGUCAACGACUUACCGAGGAUGGAAAAUAUGUUCCGGGUGAGGUGCACGUAAAGGAUGAAAUCGAUUUAGGAAUUUGGGAUUAUGAAGACCUGAAUAUAAUCGAACAGUCCGAGAUACCGAGUACUUCACAGGCACAUUACAGUAAAGAGAUACCUUACAAACUAUGUGCAGGUGUUAAUGUUAAAACUAAAAACAAAAGAGAUGAUAAUUUACGGAUAACAGAAGUGAAGACAAUGGGCAUAGACAAAAACGAUCAUUCUAACACGUCUUGUACGAAAGACAAAAGCAAACAGAUUGUUGAUACCAAUUGGUCAACGACAGAAGUAAACGCAAUGGAGAUAGACGAAGCCGGUCCUUCUAACGAGCCUCGUACGAAAACUAUUAAUGAAAAGAAACACAUCUUUGAUAUUAACAUUAAUAUAAGUUUAUCGCCGGCAAAAGCGAAUAUUACGGAUGUAAACGUAGCCGGUCUUUCUAACGAGCCUCGUACGAAAGCUAUUGAUGAAAACAAACACAUCGUUGAUACUAACAUUAACAAAAGUUCAUCGACAGUAGAAGCGAACACUAAGGAUGUAGACGAAGUCGGUCUUACUCCGUUAGAAAGCGAGCCUCAUACGAAAGAUAUUCAUGAGAGCAAACGGAUUGUUGGUACUAAUAUUGAUGAUAAAGACAAACAGAAAACGUAUGCAAAACAAAAUACAAAGCUAGAUAAACAAUCAUUAGAAAGUUUGAAACAAAAAUUAAUGGCAAAAUCAACACAUAAAAAACUGAUUCCAGUAAUAGAACCAUUAAGUUUACCUUCGAGAAGAAGACGAACCGAUCAAAGUAAAGACAGAAUAUGUAAGAAAACUGAGAAAACAGAAGUACACGAGACUUCACAGUCAACAAACGAAAACAAGACGUCGAACUUGAAAGAAAAACUAGCCGAUAAUUUCUAUAAUAAGAAACAGAAACAUCAUAAGAAGAGAUCUAAAUCAGCUGAUUCGCACAGGUCAAAUGAACCAAAAUUUGGGCCAUUAAUUUCUAAGGACGAAAAAAGAAAAAUACACGAAGACAGAAAAAAGAAAUUGAAGAAGAUUGCUGAGGAAAAGAAGAAGCUAGUAGCCGAAAGUGAACCAAGUAUUAAUCGUAGGAUUGCUAAACCAAGAGCUAAAAUAUCCUUGAAAAAUCGUGGCGAUUUUCUCACUGAACAAGAACCGCAAGUAUUUAAAUCGCGUCCAAAUAAAUCCGCAACGUUGCCAAUAUUGAGUAAUAAUCAAUUUAAAAAACAAUCGACGGGCGAGGUUGAUGUGAUAAAACCUGCGACUUCCAACGAAACACAGAUCUUUUCUAAGGAUACAGUAAGCGAUAUUACUGCAUCAUUGCAACAAUCCUUACAUUUAAAUAUGAGUACUGCAUCUGAGGAUAACACACUAGGUUCCAAAGUCGCUGAUGAUAAAAAGAAACACAGUGGUAGCAGCAGCAGCAAGAGUGACAUGAGAAGCAACGUGAAUGCUGAUCCCACUACAUCUAAGGCUAACACACUGGAUUACAGAACAAUUGAUAAUAAAAAAAGACAUAGCAGUAGCAACAAGGACGACACGAGAAGAAGCACCGUGAAUGCUGAUCCGAAGGUCAAAAUAUUAAAAUUGCAAAGUAGAUCGGUCAAAUGUGGUUCAGAAAAGGAAAAUAUCUCGAGUGGUUUGAAAUCGUACACGAUACCGAAAAAGAAGAGAGUGUCCUUUUCUGAUAAACACGAAGUAAAGGUGUACGAGAUCGAUAGUUGCAAUUCUUUAAAGAAAUUGAGUGGGAAAGAUGCACCAAUACCCCAGAACAAAUUAACAAAAGCACCUGCAAUCUAUUCAGAUCGGAGCCCGAAACUGGAGGAGUUUCUACUGCGCAUUUUUAUGUGGAAUCCCGUGUGGCUAGAAGAGCAGCGCUACUUGAAGUGCGAACCACCAAUAGUGUCUGAGAAUGAACUCAAAACUUUGAGAUCAUCUUACGAUUCCUAUAAACAAUAUUACGAGAUCAUAAUGCCUCUCCUGUUAGUUGAAAUGUGGUGCGUCAUGACUAAAGAUUUCGAGAUGAUCCAGAAAAAUAAGCAACGCCCAACCAUGAUGUGUUCCAUAAUCGAGAAUUCUAUUACACGUACCCCGAUACCGUCGACUAAUUUAUUCUUGACAACACUGGUGCUUCAAGUAUUAGUCAGCAAGGACGACAUAAAUAAGCAAACUCAUUCCAUUUAUGGAGAUUUAGUAUAUCUUGAGUAUGUUAUGAACAAACAUGAUAAGCAAAUCUUUCAUAAGAUAUUCGGAUACAUAACCAACAUGCAACAUACGAUCAUCACAGACUUCACUCUUUAUAAUAGAGAAUUAAGGAAUUUUAUUGAAAAUCCAUAUGCUGUAAUAACAUACACCUUGUUGACGCGGCCUCUUGAUCACAAGAUCGUUAUAAAUAGGGUGCAAAGAGUCCGUACUGUCACAUAUCUACGAUCGAAUAUCAGAAUGGUACAGGCAUUGCAAUACCUUCCUCAGUCACCCCUGAUGAAAUUGAUUUUAAGUCCGAAAAUCGAAGACUAUCAGUUACCACCGUUAAAUAAGCAGUAUACAUCUUGUUCGCUGAUCACGAAGGAUAAUUUAAAUUCGAAACAAUUGGAGGCUGUAUUUAGAGUGACGGACGCUGUGCUAAAGAAUGAGACCAAACUGUGCUUUAUUCAGGGUCCGCCGGGGACAGGCAAGUCCAAAGUUAUCGUUAAUCUAGUGACUCAAAUAUUACAUGAUGAGACAAAAGAGCAAAACAAGAAACCCGUGAGAAUCCUCCUUUGUGCGCCGUCCAACGCCGCUAUCGACGAAGUCGUGUUGAGACUUCUAGACAUCAGGUCUACUCCGCAUGUGAAACAGAAACUUCUUGACAUGGUACGCAUCGGUCGAUUGGAAUCUAUGCAUCCUAGGGUUAAAACCAUUUCCGUGCCGGAACUAACAAAACGACAUCUUCUGAGAAAGACCAGCAAUCGUAUUAACUCGCUUUCAAGUAAACUUGAUAGCACUGAUAGAACGGACGAGGCAAAGAGGAAUUUACUCAUGAAUCAAAUAUGUGAAGAGUCCGUAAGGUGCCAACGGCUGAAAGCUGGUAAGCCAAUAGAAGAGCUCAGUCCAAAGGAUCGUGCCAAGCACCUGCAUUCAGCUGAAAACAGAAUUAUUGUGGGUGCCAAAAUAAUUGCCUGUACGCUCUCGUCCUGUUAUACCAAUCAAAUGGAAUCGAUUUUCGGGGGUAACAAGGAAAGUAUAACCAUAUGCAUCGUCGAUGAGGCAACACAGAGCUGUGAAGCAGAAACUCUAAUACCGUUAAUGUUGGGGGUGAAUAAGUUGGUCCUAGUGGGCGACCCAAAUCAGCUACCCGCAACUAUUCUGAGCCAGCAAGCGAAGAAGUUAGGGUUAGAUCAAUCAAUAUUUUCGAGGAUACAGAACAUCUUCGCGUCUCAACCGAACAGUCCAAUUAUAAUGUUGCAAACGCAAUAUCGUAUGGAUUAUGCGAUCUCAUAUUGGCCGAAUAAAUACUUCUAUGGCGGAAAAUUGAAAGACGCUGCCGAGAGCAAGCCAACAUUCCCAUUUCACGCCUACAAAGUGCUGAAUCACGAAUUCACUCAGAACGACGACAGGUUUUCCAACACCAUCGAAGCAAAAUUCGUGGCCGAUAUAAUUUAUACCAUGCUGAUGUUUGUCAACUGGGAAAAGACAAGCACCGCCAUUUCCCUUGGGAUUCUCACGCCAUACAACAAUCAAAAAACUCUUGUACUAAAUGAGAUAAACAAAAAGAUAUCUUCUGUGCCAAAUAAUAAAAGAAUUAAAAUUAACUUUGAAGUCAAUACGGUCGACGGUUUCCAAGGUCAAGAGCGAGAUGUUAUAAUAAUGUCCUGCGUGAGAAGUAACGGCAUUGGAUUUUUGUCGGAUAAACAGAGACUCUGUGUUGCUCUCACAAGAGCAAAGCACAGUUUGAUAAUAUGUGGAAAUUUUCGUACCUUUAAGAAGGAUAAAAUGUGGAAGGCAUUAUUGGAUGAUGCAAGAGAUCGUGGGGUUUUAUGCUAUUUCGACACCAAUACGAAACCUGAAACCAUUAAACAAUUUAUCAUUAAAUAAAAGACUAGUUUGUAGUUUUUUUGUACUUCAUGUCGCGAGUAACUUUUUUUUACAAGUCUUGUACAUUUUGUAAAUACUCAUACAAAUUGAUAAAUAUUGAAAUACAUUGUCUCUUGUAAACAAUGUACCUUGAAAGUCUUAAAGAAUGUUGUAUUUGACAUUCUUUGGAAUAAUAAGAAUCGUAGUCCUAAAGAAUUGCAUUAACAUUAUGUUUGUGUCAAAUAAAAUAGAAUUAAACUGCUGUUUAUUUUUCUACAUUUAUAUGGAUAAAAGUUAUUAAUAUCUUCGCUAUUAUAAUUUCAUAAUUCCUAGUAUAAUGUUUAGUUAUAUUCGUAACAUGUAAUUAAUAAUAUGUACAUAUCGCAAAUUUACAAGUCACAUUUUGUUACAAAUAUCGAACCAGUUUAUUUUUAUCAUUUGUUAUACACUUUCUGCCUUCAAUACUAACUUUGUAACCAUUUUUUUUCUAAUCCUAAUCUAUCGAAGAGUUAAUUUAAUACAAUGUAAACUAUUCCACAAGUAAAAUGCAGUGAGCUCGAUAACAAUAAGAAAUAAUAGAACAAUUUAUUCAAGUAUGUUAUAGAGCUCACUGAUAAAAUUGUUAACGCAGUAUUACUAAGUUUUCCAAUAGGCUCGAACAGAAUAUUGCAGCAAACCAACAACUGUGACCUGAUUUGAUUUGUGUUCUUGUGCCAUGAUAUGAUCUCUCACAACAAAUAAACCGAGCAAAAUCUGUCAUAUCAUAAUCGCUUAUGAAUGGAGUAUAUUAUUCGCGAAGUGGCAGAUUUCCGUUCAGUUACUGCAGUCAAUCAUCGUAAUUUGUUAGCAAAUGUUAUUACAAACUUGUCAGCAUUCUGCCGUCAAAACAUGUAAGGGUCUGAGCAGAAAGAUUGUCGUAACCGUUUGCGAUUUCGUCGUAAGACUUAAGUCGAUGUCGAAAAUCAACGCACAAAAAAUUGUCGUAGACUUAUGUCGCAUCCAUUGCAUCGCGAGAUAACAUACGACAAUUCUUUGUGCGUUGGCUUCACACUGGAUCCGAUAUCCGACGUACGACGUCCGAUACUUAAUAUGAUUGGUAUUUACUUUUGGUUCCAACAAGGAACUAAAUCGAUUUUAUCGAUAAAAGAGGAUUCAGAGUACGAGCCAGUAUAAAUCCCACAUAAAUCUGAUAUUACAUUUGUCGUACGACAUAUUUUUUAAGUGUGUUGGUUGGUUGCAGGAUAGUAAAAUUC